AUGGCUUUCAAAUACGUUGCUCUGUUCGCGCUGAUCGCUGUGGCCAGUGCCCAGCACUACCAGCAGUACCAGCAGCCUCAGUACCAUCACCAGCCACAGGAGUACCAUCACUACCAGCCGCAGCAGGUCGUGUACAAGCAGCCGGCGCUGGUUAAAACUGUCCAGCCUGCCCUGCUGAAGACUGUCCAGCCUACCCUGGUCAAGACCGUCAAGCACGUCGAGUAUCCCGAUGCCCCGGCCGAGUACCAGUUCGCCUACGAAGUGCACGAUGACCACACCGGAGACGUCAAGAGCCAGCAGGAGGAGCGCCACGGAGAUGUCGUCAAGGGUCAGUACACCCUGAUCGAUGCCGACGGAUACCGACGCGUGGUUGAGUACACCGCCGACGACCACAACGGAUUCAACGCCGUCGUCCGCCGGGAACCCGUCGAGGGCCACAAGCUGGUGAAGGCCGUCGUCCCGGUCGCCAAGGUGGUUGCCCCGGUCGCCAAGGUGUACGCCGCCCCGACCGUCACGAAGGUGUUCGCCCCGCAGCCAGUGCACCAGCACUACCAGCCGGCUCCGGUGCACCAGUACUACCAGGCUCCGGCUCCGGCCAAGGUGUACGCCCCGGUCGCUAAACUGGCUCUUCCCGCCGUCGCUAAGGUGGCCGUCCCGGUCGCCAAGGUAGCCUACGCUCCUCACCACGAGGCCGUCAACCACGUCCAGUUCCACGGACCAUCCAGCAACUACAACUACUGA